GCUAUCGGUGCUGCACAACGCUGGUGGUGCGCGACGUACUGUUGUGGUGCUCUGCGUAGUACGGUGCUCGGCCCUUUGCUGAACGCUGAACGAGAGAGGACGGACAACAACUCCGAACUAUGGCUGUGCAACAUGCGGUUUCCAGGUAAAACAUGUUGUGGAUACGCUGCUGUGGACGGGGCGUCGCGGUGCUCGUCGCCGGCCUGGCGUUGCUCUUCACUGCCGGCCUUGCUGAAGCGGCUUCCAAGAGAGAAGCCGACUAUACACUGGAUGACUCGUUUUGGAUCGAUGAAAGUCCAGCCGGGGAAGUGGAACGGUUGCUUAGAGAGUACACGCAAAACCAAGAAAUGGUGCGCAACAUCGGAUCGCAUUACUACCAGAUCAUCUACCCAGUUCAGCUACGGCAACACAAGAAGAUGGGUAUCUCAACCAGGGAGAUAGGGUCGUCUAAGGUACGCAAAGCGAGGAGUACGAGAGGCCAGGGCGAUGGCAGCUAUCCUGGUUCGAGCAGAGGUCGACAAAGGACGGGCAAACACUUCCACCGCACCUCGCUUCUCAUUAAGGCCUUUAACCACAAGUUCCGCCUGGAUCUCGAGCUUAACACGCAACUGAUCGCACCGAACAUCAUGCAGCGACAUUAUUUGGCAAACGGUGCAGAGCAGGUCUCCAAACAGGAGAUUGAACACUGCUAUUAUCAUGGAACCGUACAGGAUUAUCCAGGAGCCACUGCGGCCUUUCACACCUGCAAUGGAGUUAGUGGAGUCAUCCAUGUGGGGAACGAAACCUUCGUCAUACAUCCUUUUUACGGAGGAGAUCUCUCGCAGAAACAUCCACACGUGAUAUUUGAGGCGCGCACGAAGGCCAACAAGGGGUGUGCCAAUUCCGGCACGAUGGACUGGAGGCGGAAACAACACGCAGGGUUUCUUCCCGGAAACCACGAUCGAGAACGGAGAGACGUACGAGAAGCAACCAAGUACAUCGAAACAGCUUUGGUCAUUGAUAAAGUCAUGUUUGAGAAGAGAAAUGGUAGCACACGUGCGGAGGUGGUACACGAUUCCAUCCAAGUGGCCAAUAUAGCGGAUUUAUACUUCCGGACAUUGAACACCAGGGUGUCCGUUGUUUAUAUUGAAACGUGGCAAGGUGGCAAUCAAGCUCAGAUCGAUCGUAAUCAGGAUAUUAGCGUUGCUUUGACUACUUUCAAUUCAUAUCUAACGCGGAGGUUGUUCAAAGUGGAAAAGGACACGACGCAACUACUCACGGGGGAGAUGUUUGUGGGAGGCGAAGCUGGUAUGGCAGUUCCUGCAACAGUGUGUGGACCUAGAGCCGUUGGUAUUAGCGUGGAUAUCAACACCUACGAACCCCAUCUUUUAGCUGGGACGAUGGCACAUAUGAUCGGUCACAAUAUUGGGAUGGGUCACGACGACGGCCGCGAAGAGUGCAUUUGUCGGGACUGGCACGGGUGCAUCAUGGCCCAAGCCAUCGUUGGACUCGACAAUGUCCAACCAUAUAAGUUUAGUGAGUGCAGUAAGUCUGAUUAUGUCGAUAGACUGAGAACUGGAAACGGUAUUUGUCUUAUGAAUAAACCCAACGAGCUGGAGGUAAGUAAUUUGAAGGUUCGAAGAACUUGUGGCAACCGAGAAGUGGAGGAAGGUGAAGAAUGUGAUUGUGGAACUAUAGAAGAAUGCCCAACCGUGGACCCAUGUUGUGAUCCCAUUACAUGUAAACUAACGAAAGAAGCGGAAUGUGCCAAAGGUCCAUGUUGCGACAACUGCAAGCUUAAAGAAAGGGGUGAAGUGUGUAGGGACUCAACCAGUGACUGUGAUCUACCAGAACAAUGCUCAGGAGACAACGGCGAUUGUCCGCCGGACUUAUACAAAAAGAACGGUUCCCCUUGCGGAGAGAAAGGCUAUUGCUUUAAUGGAAUGUGCCCAACCUUAGCAAUACAGUGCGAACAGAUCUGGGGAUAUGGCGGCAUCGGAGCUAAUAUCCAAUGCUUCGACCAAUUCAAUUCCCAGGGAUUCGCUAGUGGUCAUUGCGGAAUAGACGCAAAUGGAAAGUACAUCAAAUGUUCCCAUGAAAAUGUCAAGUGUGGAUCGCUUCAGUGUCAGUUAGGAAACAAAAAACCCGUCUUUGGCGAAUUAGACCACUACAGGACUAUAAUAUCGACAAGAGGAGAGGAAUAUGAGUGCAAGACUGCACAUAGAAAUAAUUCGGUAAUAAAAAACGCAGCAAAAUCAAGCUUUCCAUACGUGGGAUUUGUAUUAGACGGUACACCAUGUGGAGACAACUUGAUUUGUAUCAACCAAUCGUGUUCGAGCUUAUAUCCGUAUAUAGACCAGACUAAGUGUCCUACUAACCAUAAUGAUAAGGAAUGCUCAGGCAAUGGAUACUGUACAAAUACCAAUACGUGCUUUUGCAAACUGGGUUGGAGCGGCACCGACUGCUCUAUCGAAGAGGAAAUCGCUCAACCACUUCCGACACCGCCGCAGGACCCAUCGAGUAACCAUGGAAUCCAAAACCUCUCCGAAAUUAUGCAGAAGAAAGAAACCCACUAUGAGGACUAUCACGGCUCGAACACGAUUUUUCUCGUGGGUACACUCAUGUCGGUGGUAGGGGGUGUGUUCAUAGUGUUUGCAACUAUGGCUCUAUGCUACAGGUCAGUCGUAGUACACAAAAACUUCUCGCUGUGCCUCAGGUUAGUGGGCAGACCAUCCAGGAAGACAACUGUACCUAAAUACGAGAAACCCUAUGUUAAAAAUCAGGCGCCGAAAAAUUAUACAGUCGCUGGAAAUCACUCUCAAGAGGACGCGUUAGAGAGUGCCAACAAGAUUCUAUCUUACAGUACCUCCUUCGGUCGAGCUGAUUCUCAGAGAGUUUUGUACCGACCAACCAACCACAUGACUCCAGGAGGAUCGUCGCAUUUCCCGGAUCAUAAAAUGCAGCUUAAACGAUUAGGAGUUGGAAAUGCUUCAGAAGAAGAUGGAGCACACUCAGGUGAAGACGAAUCCGUAUCGUUCAUUGAUUUGCAACAUAAUAACCUCAAAUUGCCUUCCGAGAAAAAGGGUAUUCUGAAAAAGCACGACUACAGCAGCAUGAUGAUUACAGCUGAUGGUAAAGAAGCUUGGCCUGACGGGUCGCAAGGAGAACUGAAUCAGGCCGAAGUCAAUAUGAGCCAGAUAUUGGGCAGCGCUAGCAUGACGGUUGACGUAGAACGCGCCCUCAAGAGUCUUAACGGAUAUCACGAAGAUAUCAUCAAACACCUAAGAAACGCGGCAUCUCAUAGAGGAACUUCAACUCCUUCCGGAAGCAACGCAGCUUUCAAUGAGGAAGCACUACGAAGGAGCUUGCAAGAGUGUGCUGCUGCAUAUCCUGAUUAUAAAAGGACAAGUAGCCAAGAGAAAAUUUGUGAAACUCAGGUUGUGGUUGAAGCUGAAGAUGAAGACGAAGACGAGGUACCUCCCUGCGGUCCUAUUCGGAUACGAAAUCUCGAAGAUCUAAUCCGCCAGUUAGAACAUCAUUCGCGACAUAUGAGUCCCAGCGGCUCGGAGGACAUACGUAUGUCGGAAACUGAAGCGGACCGCCACUACAGACAGGAAUCAUCCUCGGCUUGCAGCGAAAGCUCUCAUCAAUCCCACCGGGAUUCUAGGUUUAUGUACGGCAGCAGGUACCGGCAACCAGCCAGCCGACUACCGUAUCCUCAUCCCCAUCACCAAGCCGACGAAGAGAGCAUCUAUGAGAGCGCCGAUCACGAUAGAGGCGUUCCUUGCGGCGACACACCCGACAGCGAAAGUGAUGAAUUUAUUCAAGCUCAGCAACAGCUAGCACGAUGGGCGAGUGAGGAUGCCGUUGGGGUUCAGGCGGGUACAAGCGGUGGCGGUUCAACAGUGCCCCGGGAGUACUACCCAUCACCAUCAAGUUCAACGAGCGAAGAACCAACAAGUAUCGCAAGAGCACCCGUUCCAGCACCCCCAAGCGUCGUAGCCGCCGCACACCACCCCGAACACGCCACCAUACACCGGCCGAAACGGUACCCCGAGUACAAACACUGAUGAUAGUGCGCGACCCUUCGAAGGCCGCGAAAUUAAGAACCACGAAUUCGAAGCGUUACGUAAAUGGACGCGAACGCGAAAGGAAAAGAACGUGCACGAAAGCGUGAUGUGACGUUCCGCCGCUUCCGGUUAAGCCCAAUAUCGACCCCACACAUUUCCCAAAAUCCCCUACUCGCCAAUAAUAAAAAUAUAAGUAAAUAGGGAGUUCUUAUAAAGUAAGUCGAUGUAUUUUCCCCCACGAUAAGCAAAUAAUAAAUUGAGAUGAUUGGUAAAACUAAGAAAA